UAUACUCAGACAUAGUAUACUGCUGAAAUGAAUGUUAAGAGCUUUAGCACAAACUUUCCCAUUCACUUUUCAUGGUAAAAUUCAAGAGAGGGAGACAUACGUCAACAAAUCUCUCUCAUCUCCGUUGUUAGCCAAGGGGAAUGUCAUACAUUCCAAAAUAAUUGUGGAGGAUAAGAAAGUCAACUGACAUGCAAGGCAGAAUGCAUGAUAAGGGAAUGCUGCCAAAGUUGAUGACCGGAAAACCAAACCCUGAUUAUUCUAUACGAAACACAUUUAUAUAUUCAGUUAUCUAUUAAAUCCAAUUAUUUAAAUAAUUUGAUUUAGUUUGCAGAAGAGCUGAUGUUGUAUUCCGGUGGCGAAAAUGUUAAAGUUGUACACACUACCGAUGGCUUGAAUUCUCUCUAGUGCCAGUGUCUCAGUUGAGAGGCACAAUCGUGAAGUGUUGGGUCAACUGGAAUGAUAACCAACUCGUUUUGACUCCAUGGGCCAAUUUUCCGAUCAGAAAGCAGUUAACUGCAGCUUCGUGAAUUCCAGUGAUAAGCAACAUCUGGCCAAAGUUAGUGUACCUAUUAAGUCAAGCCCAGGACAGAGUGACCCAUCACAUAAAGAAGUUUGUAGCAUCAAACGCUGGGCAGACGACAACAAGAUGACGUUCAAUUUCAAGAAGACCUUUGAAAUGGUAGUAAAGGGGAAGACCAGGAAAACUCCUCCAGGUGAUAUUGGCGGGAUAGUUAGGAAGAAGGAGCUCAAAUUAUUAGGAGUAACAUUUCAUGAAAACCCAUGUAAUUGGGACACUCAAUUUAAGCAUAUGCUUGGCAAGGCCAAUUCUAGACUUUACAUCUUGAGUGUCUGCAAGUACUUUGGAUACUCCGUAUUGGAGUUGACUGUGCUAUUUGAUAGCCUCAUAAUGUCAUUAUUUUCAUAUGCAUUAGAAGUAUUGGCCUGUGCCCACCAGGCUACAUCGUUUCAAGAGACAGGCAGUUAUGGAACAACAUCAUAA